AAUGUUUUGCCUCCACGCCGACAAGCUGAUGAACUACUGAAUGCUUAUUGGAGGUAUAUAAAUCCGGUAGACUGCUUUCUUGACAAGAAAAGAUUUUGUCGUUUAUACGAGGCCUUGUUCGCAGGAGGAGAUUUGGGGGCGGAUGAACACACUUUUAUCUGCACUCUUAACGUUGUGUUCGCUUUUGCUACUCAAUCUCACGAGUCUAAAGAAGCCUCAGAGAGAGAUGCAGUCGCGAAUACAUACUUUCUGAGGGCAUGGAACUUACUCAGCCCGGAAACCAUUCUUUGGGAGCCACCGUCACUACAGGUUGUUGAAUGUCUCUUACUAAUGAGUCGAUACCUUCAAUGUACGAAUAAUUCGCACCAAACAUGGAUGGCAGUAGGCUUAGCGAUACGAAUUGCGCAAAGCCUACGAAUUCACCUUCCUAAAACUUCAGACUCUGGCGUCUCAGAUGAUCAAGCGCACUGGCAGCACCAUCUUUGGAACUGCUGCGUAUAUGCUGAU